ACUUCAACAUUAGAAUUUAGAUUAUUAUCAUUACUGAACUAUAUAUUUAUUCUCUAGGCCUGAAUAAAAAAUUCAGUGGAAAAAACCUACCAAUGAUUAAAGAAAAUGUUGAAUAUACAGAAGAGAGCUCUUCAUGCAACCAAAGCAAUCAAGCAACUGUCAGAGAAACAACAGACUUCAAGAUAAAAGAAGAGGAACAAGAGAGAAGCUGUGUACCACUGAAGGAAUCCAAAAUAAUCAACUUUGAAAGUAAAGAAAGUUUGAAAAAUGCUGAAGUGACUUCAAGUACAGAAAUUACUCUUCCCACAGGUGUUUCCACCUUUCUUAUGGAGUGUUUAGAUGAAGAUUCAGAUGCAGAUUAUAGCACUGCUAGCGGCAGCCUGAAGACUUAUUCAUCCCCUGAAACAUUCAGAGAUGAUGAUUUGGAAAGAUGCAAUUUUUACUCUGUGGACCUUGGCAAGUACAAGAACUCUACUCUUUUGGACUCCAGCAAAGCAGUGACCAUAGAUAAGAUACCACAGAUCUCAAAUCUUUCAGCAAUAUUAGAGCCUGUACCAGAGGAUUUUCCAGACCGAUGCAUUAGAAGAAAGAGACCAUCAAAUUGCUAUUACAGUUCUUCAGCAUUGAGCAUUUCAACUACUCUGGCAGGGAAAAAACUCUGUAAAAUAACAGCUGCAAGAGAUAGAACGCCAGACCUAAAAAGUUGUAUGCGCUGUUCUUCACCAUUAGGACCGGAAAGCAACCAUGAUAAUCAAACAGCUAAAUCCAAAACGUUGAAGAAAAAAGAAAGCAGUUUUAAUCCCUUAGAAGGAGGUUCAUCAUCGUUUAGGCAGCUUGAUGCCCCAGAGAACAAGUCAGCCAGAUCAGAGGGGUUGACAGUAGAAGUUCUGCCAACCAAACCGACAGAUGCUGUGGUGCCUCUGUGUGACAGACAAGAAAUCUGCUCCAUUGUGAAAAUGUCACCAGGCCAGAGGCCUUCCCAGCUCCAGCAAGUUCCAGUUAACUGGAAAGAGUUCUGCCUUCCCAGAGGAGUGCCUGAAAAUACUAUUCAAAGUACCAAAAACUGGAUCUGCUGUAAACAGAAAUGAGAUUUUUGGCUUUCGGCAGGAGUUAACAGAAGAAAUUACUGUCUUGCUACGUGGCAGGGUGGGAAAACAGA